AUCAUUUCAUCGAUAAAUUUGUAAUUCUAUUUAUCAUUUUGUGUGUGUGUGUGUGUGUGUAAUUUUCAAGCAUUUAUUUGAAUUAAAAAUUAAAAAAAAAUGAUUAAAGCCAUCUUGGUAUUCAAUAAUCAUGGAAAGCCACGUUUGACAAAAUUUUAUGAAUUCUAUCCAGAAGAUUUACAACAACAGAUUAUAAAGGAAACAUUUCAAUUGGUCUCUAAACGUGAUGAAAAUGUUUGUAAUUUUCUUGAAGGUGGCAGUUUAAUUGGUGGUUCCGAUUAUAAACUUAUCUAUCGUCAUUAUGCAACAUUAUAUUUUGUAUUCUGUGUUGAUUCCAGUGAAUCUGAAUUAGGUAUACUUGAUCUAAUUCAAGUAUUUGUUGAAACAUUGGAUAAAUGUUUUGAAAAUGUUUGCGAAUUGGAUCUAAUAUUUCAUGUGGAUAAAGUACAUCAUAUACUGAAUGAAUUAGUUAUGGGCGGUAUGGUAUUGGAAACAAGCAUGUCGGAAAUAAUAACAAGAAUUGAAGAACAAAAUGCAAUGGAAAAACAAGAGGUUAGUUGGAAGAAUAAUAUGGGAAUCAGCGCAGCACCAGCACGAGCCGUAUCAGCUGUAAAGAAUAUGAAUCUUUCCCAACAAUUUCGAGAUAUUAAAUUACCCGAUUUAUCAAAUAUUGGAUCGCUAAAAUUCUAGAAAGAAAGAAAAAAAGAAUUGAAAACGUCGAAGAAUUCAAAUUACAUUUACAUUGCAUUUUUUCUCUUGUGUGUGUGUGUGUGUGUGUGUUUGUUUGUUUAUCUAACAGACACCUUUUUUCUGUUAUUUCCAUUUUCAUAUAUUCACAAGAUUUGAACAUUCGAAAUAAAACAUAAAACAGAUUACCUAUAUAUAAAGGAAA